AUGGCACCCAUCAAAGUCGGCAUCCUAGGCCUCUCCACCAAACCCUCCGCCUGGGCGACACUAGCACACUACCCAUACCUCAAAUCCAGCCAACACUACCAAAUCGUUGCAGUCUGCAAUUCCAGCCUGCAAACAUCUCAAGCCGCAAUCGACCACUUCGGUCUCAAGGAUGCCAAGCCCCAUGCCUCAUAUGAGUCCAUGGCUCAAGACCCCAACGUUGAGCUGUACGUAGUAUCAACACGUGCAGAUUCACAUUUUGAGAUUGCGAAGCCGGCGUUACUAGCCGGAAAGGCUGUGUAUGUUGAGUGGCCGCUAGGAGCGAAUAAGGAUGAGGCAAGGCAGAUGGCGGAUUUGGCGAAGCAGAACGGAUGUAGGACUAUUGUGGGGUUGCAGGGGCGAGUAGCGCCUAGUGUAGUGACGGUGAAAAAGAUCAUUGACAGUGGGAGGUUAGGUGAGGUUCACAGCGUGAGUUUUCAGGGCACGACGAACGUGUGGCAGGAUAAUGCGGCGAGUGAGCGGUAUUCGUACUUUGUUGAUCGGAAAGUCGGUGGGAAUCUAUUGACGAUAUAUGGUGGGCAUAUCAUUGAUAGUAUUACGAGUGCGAUGGGGGAGUUGGAGAGCUGGACGACGCUGAGUGGCAAUUUUCGGAAGAAGAUGAAGGUCAAGAGGGAUGACGGGACUUAUUCUGAGGAGGAGUAUGGAAAGAAUACGCCGGAUCAGAUGAUGCUUAUGGGACGGCUGGCUCGGUCGCCGCCUGCGAUGUUCAAUUUUCAUCUUAGAGCUGGCAACAAGUUUACUGAUCAGCCUGGAAGCACGUGGAAGAUUUACGGAACGAAAGCUGAGUUGCAGAUGGUGUUCAAAUCUGCUGGACCACAGAUCGGACGUGCCGAGAGCAUCAAGAUAUGUGACUUCGAGAAGGGUGGAGAGGUCAGUGAUGUCACGGAUGAGAUUGACGAGGGUCCUGGAGAUAGGUGGACGAGCUUGCCUGAACAGGGACAGAACAUUGGAAGACUAUAUGAGGCUUUUGCGAAAGGCGAGGUCGGCAAGGAUUAUGCUGACUGGGAACAUGCGGUCAAGAGACAUGAGAUGAUCGACGGAUUCUAUGACACGAUGCAAUGA